CAAAGAAGCAACAAAACUCAAGUAUCAUUCCAGCCGACUCCAACCUCUCGUCCACUAGAGGGCGACAAAUAUUCAAAUUUGACUUCACCCCUUUCCAGUAGCCACUUCUAAUUCUUAAAUGUGUGCGCGACAACUCUGAUAUUUACUAUUUUGCAUGAGAAAUGUGUUGCAAACGCCACCCACAGACCACACGGAGGGUUUAAUUUGUCCACCCGGCCUCAGGUCAGUUUGGCGGAUCGCUCGCUGGCUGCUCCUCAGACCGCAGGUGGAGGAGGGAGCAGAGAAAAACUGCUCACAGCUUCUCAGCGCGGUGCGCAAAUUAAUUUAGUGACAGUUUACAUGGAGUGAGCGCUCUGUGGUGACUGUCGGUCCUCUGCACGAAUCACCACAGACAGAAGCAUGUGGCUUAUUGUGGCGUUGCUCGUGGGUCCCGGUGCCACCUGGGGAUGUCAGCUGCCCCACGACUGGAGACCGCAGACGGAAGCGUGCCGCGCCGAGCUGGCGGAGAUCAUCGUGUUCGCCAAGGUUCUGGAUUUGCACAAGGAGUCGUACAGCGUGUACAACUACCUGCCCUGGCAGCACGACACCGACCCUUUCUCCGCUGAGAUCGAGCUGCAGUGCGACCAGGCGUGGGGCAGCAUGCUGGAGGUCCCCGCCGGCUCCAGGUUCAACGUCUCCGGCCUGGGAUACUUCCCCUGCUUCUCUUACAGUGUUACCAAAAACAACAACUACUACUUCUUUCUCAGGAUGGAUGAGAACUACAACAUUGUUCCACACGGAGUGAACUUCCAGGAUCCCAUCUUCCCCGACACUGCAGAGAACCACCGCAUGUUUGCCAGCCUUUUCCAGUUUUCCAACUGCACGCCUGGAACUCAAGUCCACAGCUUUGCUCCAGAGUGGGAGGCUCAGGAGGACAGCCGGCUGCUGUGCUCCACUGUGCAGAAGGCCCUGUUUGAGGAGGAGGAGAGGGUGAGGACUCUUUCCCAAAAGGUGCGCACUUUGGAGAAAGCCAAUGGCCACCUGAGGGACAAGGUGAAAACCAUGAAGCGUCUUCUACGCCAAGCCCAGCGCGGAAUGACGAAGGAGCAGCAAACCCUCAGUUUCAAACAGCUGUACGAGCCGGAAACACGACACACCCACCCGGAUCAGGACACCACGCAGGACGGGAAGAAUCCUUCACUUAAAAAGGUCCUUUCAGCAAAACGUAAAGACGAGACAGAGGGGCUCAGUUAAAAAAACAAAAAAAACAAGAAUGUAGCUUCAUUGCAUGUCAGACAUGUCCCCCUUUUUGUGGUGUUUUGUAAGGAUUACUUUGAGAGGUGUGACUAAUAUUUAACCCAGCAUUAAAAUUACUUCUGAAGUGGAAUUUCAACAAAUCUCACGUUACACAAACAAGCUGGGUCGUUUCCCUUGCUGACUGAAAACAUACAGUUGUGCUCAAAAGUUACAGUACAUAGCCCUUUUUUGGCCAUUUUUUAGAGAAUAUGAAUGAUAACUCAAAACUUUUUUUCACUCACGGUUCGUGGUUGGGUGAAACCAUUUAUUGUCAAACAACUGUGUUUAAACUACCCAGUGACCCUGAUCAAAAGUUUACAUACCCCUUUUCUUAGGGCCCCUUCAUACAUAAUAUGACUGAAGCCGACGAGCGCACGGAGGAGCAAUUGCAUGCCAUUUGUGAAAAAUCAGAGCUGCCUCAAACGCCUCAUACACCUGUCACUACAACCAUUCGUGCACACAAGUGGCCGAAAGACAGUGAAUGCCCUACGUGUGCUCAUUUGAUCCCCCUCUCAGCAGGUGCUGGCCAAAUUCCAGAUGUUACACACGAACAUCUAACACUGCUCACUGCACACUUAGAAAAGGCAGGGCUAUUUGCGCACCUGGUAGGAUAGU